CUCGUCAAACACAACAACGCCGAUACUCGUGCAGAGACUCUGUGGUAGCAUACUUUCAACAUGCCCGGAGUCGUGCCGAGAACGCCUGCGAAGCGUGUGCUUGCUGAAACCACCAACACGGCCCACAACAUCAAGGCAUCGCCACACGAAGCGAAGAAGCGAAAGCUCGAUUCGCCCAAGAAGUUCCGCAAACCAGUUGGCCCCAACGGCACCCUAGGUUCUAGUCAGCCAAAGUCUCAAUUUGAAGAAGAGGUCCUUGAGAAGCUUACCCAGAACAUUGAUGGCCUCAAAAAGAACAACCAGGAAAAAGACCAGCAAUGGGCGCGGCCUUCCUUAGCUGACUUCAACGAGAACACCGACAAUCUGAUCUUCCAGCAGAUUGAGAUUGAAGAAGGCACGCUCCAUGGCGGGAAGGCUGCGCUUAAGCUCUUUGGCGUCACAGAGAACGGCCACUCUGUGCUCCUGCAUGUCACUGGCUUCCAGCACUACCUCUACGUCGCUGCACCAACAGGCUUCACACAACAUGAUUGCCAGCCGUUCAAGGCCCUUCUGGAGACUACUCUUGCCCAGCACUCGGCAACCAUCGCCUCCGUACAGCUUGCAAUGCGCGAGAACAUGUAUGGCUUCCAGGGAAACCAGAAGUCACCGUACAUCAAGAUCACCGUGACGGAUCCGAAGUACAUUAACCGCCUCCGUACAGCAAUCGAGCGCGGAGAUGCGAAUUACAAGGGACUGUGGAAAAAUGCCGAUCACGGAAUCCUUACUUUUGACAACAUUCAGUAUAAAUUGCGCUUUAUGACGGAUUGUAAAAUCUCCGGCAUGUCAUGGGUUGAGGCGCCUGCAACAAAAUAUCAGAUGAUCCCAGACCGUGACCGACACUCAAAUUGCCAGAUUGAAGCCCACAUUCAUUAUCGAGACCUGAUUGCGCAUCAAGCAGAAGGUGAAUGGGCUAAGAUGGCUCCUCUUCGCAUCCUUUCCUUCGAUAUCGAAUGUGCUGGCCGCAAAGGUAUUUUCCCGGAAGCGAGUGUCGACCCUGUCAUCCAAAUCGCCAACGUAGUCACCAAAGUGGGUGAAGACACGCCAUUUGUCCGGAAUGUCUUCUGCAUGGACACAUGCAGUCACAUCGUAAACACUCAGAUCUUCGAAUUCGACCGUGAAGAGAAGAUGCUCAUGGCCUGGCGAGAUUUUCUAGAGCAGGUUGAUCCGGAUAUUAUCAUCGGCUACAACAUUGCCAACUUCGAUUUCGUAUACCUGCUGGACCGAGCCAAGCAUCUCAAGGUCAGUCAGUUUCCGUACUGGACACGACUGAAGAACGUCGUGUCGGCGCAUAAGGAUACAAGUUUCUCCAGCAAGCAGAUGGGUAACCGUGAUUCGAAAGCUACCAAUACAAAUGGACGACUGCAAUUGGACCUUCUUCAGCUCAUACAGCGUGACUAUCAGCUGCGUAGUUAUACACUAAACGCGGUAUCCGCGCAUUUCCUGAACGAGCAGAAAGAAGAUGUGCACCACACUAUGAUCACGGAGCUGUACAACGGUGAUGCAAACUCCCGACGCCGUCUUGCUAUCUACUGCUUGAAGGAUGCUUACCUACCCCAACGCCUGAUGGACAAACUAAUGUGUCUAGUCAACUACACCGAAAUGGCGAGAGUCACAGGCGUGCCUUUUGAUUUCCUGCUUUCCAAAGGUCAGCAAGUCAAAUUCUUGCAACAGUUGUAUCGGAAAUGCCUAGAACAACAACUGGUCAUACCUAAUUUGCCGUCUGAAAGCUCUAGUGAGCAGUAUGAAGGAGCUACUGUCAUUGAACCAACUAGGGGAUACUACGACGCGCCGAUUGCCACGUUGGAUUUUGCAUCUCUAUAUCCGAGUAUCAUGCAAGCGCAUAAUCUGUGUUACACUACCUUGUUGAACAAGUCGUAUGUUGAGAAACAUGGACUAAAGAAGGACGAGGACUACAUUGUUACCCCCAAUGGCGACUUAUUCGCAACUGCCAAAGUUCGUAAAGGACUGCUAUCUCAGAUUCUAGAGGAGUUGCUAUCUGCACGUAAGAAAGCGAAGAAAGAAAUGGCUACUGAAACGAACGCUUUCAAGAAAGCUGUUUUGAACGGUAGACAGCUUGCUUUGAAGAUCAGUGCAAAUUCCGUAUACGGUCUGACUGGUGCCACUGUCGGCAAGUUGCCGUGCCUUGCCAUUGCGAGUUCAACUACAUCCUAUGGACGACAGAUGAUAGAAAAGACAAAGUCCGAAGUUGAGGCGAGGUAUACCAUUGCGAACGGAUAUUCUCAUGAUGCCCAAGUCAUAUACGGUGACACUGACUCUGUCAUGGUAAAAUUUGGCACUACUGAGCUUGCUGAAGCCAUGAGACUUGGAGAGGAGGCUGCAGAAUACGUCUCUUCCAAGUUUAUUAAGCCAAUCAAGCUCGAAUUUGAGAAGGUCUAUUUCCCGUACCUGCUCAUCAAUAAGAAGCGGUACGCUGGGCUCUACUGGACAAAGCCCGACAAGUGGGACAAGAUGGAUACCAAAGGCAUUGAAACCGUUCGGCGAGACAAUUGUCGCCUUGUCCAGACAGUCAUUGAAACCAGUCUUCGCAUGUUGCUGAUCGACCGGGAUGUGCAGGGUGCACAAGAGUUUGUGAAAGAGACUAUUGCUGACUUGCUUCAAAACAAGAUCGAUAUGUCUAAUCUUGUGAUCACAAAAGCACUCACGAAGGAUGACUACGCUGCCAAACAAGCCCAUGUCGAACUUGCUGCACGCAUGAAGAAGCGUGACGCCGGCUCUGCACCCGCUCUAGGCGAUCGUGUUGCCUAUGUCAUCGUGAAAGGAGCGGGUGGUAGCAAGAACUACGAAAAAUCGGAGGAUCCUAUCUAUGUACUCGAGAAUAACAUUCCUAUCGACACAAAGUACUAUCUGGACAAUCAGCUGUCCAAGCCUUUGACACGUAUCUUCGAGCCUAUCCUAGGCGAGAAGAAAGCAGCCUCGCUUCUCACUGGCGAGCACACCCGCACAAUCUCUGUAGCUGCUCCAACUAUGGGAGGGCUCAUGAAGUUCGCAAAAAAGACGCAAACGUGCCUCGGAUGCAAAAAGCCACUCACUAGUGAAGAAGAGAAAGAUGGCGCGGUGUGCGCAAAUGAUCGUCCGCGCUUCGCGGAGCUAUACCAGAAGACAUUAGGGAAGGUCUCUGAACUGGAAGUUAGGUUUGCAAGGCUGUGGACGCAAUGUCAACGUUGCCAGGGCAGCAUGCAUAACAAUGUUAUUUGCUCGAGUAGAGAUUGUCCCAUCUUCUACAUGCGGAUGAAAGCUAAAAAGGAUGUGGAAGACGCAGGAAAGGAGCUUGCGAGGUUCGACAAGGACAUUGCAGCGUGGUGAUCUAAUGAAGGACCGCACGGAUACGGCUUCUUCGGCAUUUACACGGCGUUAGGAAUGUCUGCAUAUGAUCGCGACGGAUGUUGCUCUGUUGUUCGAAAAUGCGCAUUGGAAUUGAAUGAAAAAAAAAAUUGCGAUUGUUUGCUAAACGUUCCCAGUGCUUUGUACGGCCGUUCUAGUCUGCUUGAGAUCUCAACAAUCC